AUGAAUGAACGCCAGGGCGAAACAGACGCCAUCUUAUUUAAAGAUCUCAUUCCGCUCCCAUUUCGAAUAUUGCUAUUGAUUGAAUUGGGACUCACGUUGUGGAUGCUGCUCAACGUCAUACUUUUCCAAUUCACACCCAUCAAUGUGCUACGUUUGCUCAAUUUAUCCUACUCGCCGCAUAAUUAUACCCUGUUGGACGACAAGGGGAUAGCAACGGGGGAAUAUGCCACGACUGUACCUGCCGAUGAUAAGGAAAAUGCCCGAUUGAUCAAAGGGAUAUGGCUGAAUCUCAAACGUGUUGCCGUGGUUAAUCUUGGUAGUUGGAUCGUGUUCAAACUUAUCCAGUACUACAAUAAGGACUUGAAGCUUGCGUAUUAUGGUAUCCCCGUGCUUCUGUUUGGAUAUACCGUUUAUCAAUUGUUUUCUGAUAAAGGUGCUACACCGGGGCAAGUCCGCAUAUACACAACCAUGCUUCGAGUUAUACGCGGUGGCAUCAGCUCCAUGAAUAUGCGAACCAAUGAUAUCUUGAUUAGUGACACGUUGGUUUCGUACGCCAAAGUGCUCAAUGAUUUUGGGCUCUUUAUAUGGAGCUACUACAUUAGCGAGUCGAGAGCUUAUAACCAUGACAUUGAGCUUGUUAUAUUGUGCAUCCCCAUCCUCAUUCGGAUCAAGCAAUGCUGGUACGAGUAUUCCAUCACGGGCAAGAAACAACACUUGUACAAUUUACUCAAGUAUUCCACGGGGUUGGGCCCGCUCACCGUCAAUGCGCUAAUCAAGACCAAAUUGUUGCAUUCCACGGAGGAGCAACGCACAUCGGGCGAGUUGAUUCUCCAGCUCCGAUACUUGAACUACUGGUGGUAUUUCGCCUCAGCUGUCAAUUCCACCUUUGCAUUCGUAUGGGACGUCAAGAUGGAUUGGUCUCUUCCCUUGUUCAACAAGCUCUUUAACCCACGGGAGAAGUUUAGAGUAUUGAGAAGCCAUACUGUUUAUCCCGACGUUGUGUACGACUUGGCCGUUUGCAUUGAUUUCUUUCUCAGGUACAUCUGGGUAUUGAAACUAUUUAUUAUCAACGAAGGGCUCACCCAAGAAGGACAGUUUAAAAUCCUUCAUGUUUUUUCAACUUUUCUCUUUGGGUACGACGUCUAUUCCUUCGGGUACGUUGUCAUUGAAGUGUUGGAGAUUUUCAGACGUUGGAUGUGGUGUUUUAUCAAAUUGGAAAGCGACUGGGUCAAGUUGAAACACGCCAGUGAAGAAGUUGUUGAAUUGGACCAAAUCCAAAAAGGCACAGCAUAG